CAUAUCAUUCAUUCUAAUUAACCAAUUUUCACUUGCAUUUUUAGUAUGAUAAGAAGAUGUUCAUGUCUUUUGGAUUUAAUUUUUAAUUUAAAUUUAAUUUAGGGUGAAGAAGGCGGCCUCAGUUGGGCUUGGCGGUAGCCAAAAAAUUGAAAAGUAGCGCCAUAAUUUUCCCCCAAAGAUUUGCAAAUACUGCCAAAAAUGCUCAACUAAGGCAUUACUGCCAAUUACUACUCUCUCUAUUACUCUGGGUGGUGGGCUAGGGUUCCUUAGAAGAGAGAAAAUGGUGGCUGCUGCUGAUGUAGAAUCAGUGGGCUCCGGUGCCGGGAUCAAAAAGAGCAAAAGUAAACUAGUUUCUGCAUCUAAGAAAAAAAUGGCAGCUGAUCAAAAACAAAGAAAAAGGCUUGCUUCGGAAACUAGUGAGGAUCCCAUUGUCUCACGGAAAAUGCCAAAGCGAGCUGCUGCUUGCUCAGAUUUCAGGGAGAAAUCGCUUCGUAUAUCCAAAAAAGACUCGGUGCUUGAAACAAAGAAAGAUGGAGCCAUUGAGGAAGAAGCUGUAGCUGUUCGUCUGACUGCUGGACAAGAGGAUGGCCGCCCAUGUAGACGGCUCACAGAUUUCACCUUUCAUAAUUCAGAUGGAGUCUCACAGCCUUUUGAAAUGCUGGAAGCUGAUGAUAUCUUUAUCUCUGGUCUUAUCUUACCGCUUGAGGGAAGUGCUGACAAAGACAAAGGAAAGGGUAUCAGAUGUGAAGGUUUUGGGCGUGUUGAAGAAUGGGCUAUAUCUGGUUAUGAAGAUGGAUCACCUGUUAUAUGGGUUUCCACAGAGAUAGCUGAUUAUGAUUGUAUUAAACCUUCUGGUAGCUACAAGAAGUUCUAUGACCAUUUUUAUGCAAAAGCUAGUGCCUGCAUUGAGGUCUAUAAGAUUUUGUCAAAAACUUCUGGAAGCAAUCUAACCCUUGAUGAGUUGCUUGCUGGGGUUGUGCGAGCAAUGAGUAGCAUGAAGUGCUUCUCUGGUGGUCUAUCUAUUAGGGAUUUUGUUGUUUCUCAGGGCGACUUCAUCUACAACCAACUUAUAGGUUUGGAUGAGACUUCGAAAAAGACUGAUCAGCUAUUUGUUGAGCUUCCGGUCCUAAUUGCCCUCAGAGAUGAAAGUAGCAAGUUAGUAGAUCUUGCUCAAGCUCAGCCUGGCUCUUUGCCAGGGAAUCUGAGAAUUGGUCCAAAAUGUGGGGAUGAAAAUAAAAAGAAUUUAGCUGCUACAUCAGGUCCAACAGAAGAAGAUGAAGAUCUAAAAAUGGCAAGGGUGUUGCAGGAAGAAGAGCGAUGGCGAUCAAUGAAGCAGAAGAAGAGCCGUGGUUCCACCUCCUCAGCGAGCAAAUACUACAUUAAGAUCAAUGAGGAUGAAAUAGCCAAUGACUAUCCUUUACCUGCCUAUUAUAAGACGUCAAAUGAAGAAACUGAUGAGUAUAUAAUUUUUGACAGUGGCUUAGAUGUGCAGGAUAUUGAAGACUUGCCACGAAGCAUGCUACAUGAUUGGGCUUUAUACAAUUCAGAUGCUAGGUUGGUUCCAUUAGAGCUCCUGCCCUUGAAACCAUGUGCUGAAAUUGAUGUAACUAUAUUCGGGUCAGGCAUAAUGACUGCUGAUGAUGGAUCUGGGUACAUUUGUGAUGGUGAUUCUACUCACUCUUCAAGUGGUUCUGGUGCUUCUGCAAUUGAAGGGAUCCCUGUUUUCUUGAGUGCCAUUAAAGAAUGGGUGAUCGAGUUUGGGUCCUCAAUGAUUUCCAUUUCAAUUCGAACUGAUAUGGCCUGGUAUAGGCUUGGGAAGCCUUCAAAGCAAUAUGCUCCUUGGUAUGAGCAAGUCCUGAAAACAGCAAGGCUUGCAAUUAGUAUUAUUACUUUGUUGAAGGACCAGAUUCGGGUGGCCAGACUUUCUUUCGCAGAUGUUAUCAAGAGAAUCUCAGAUUUCACCAAAGAUCACCCUGCUUUUAUAUCAUCUAAUGCGGAAGUAGUUGAAAGAUAUGUGGUUGUACAUGGUCAGAUUAUUCUGCAGCAGUUCUCGGAAUAUCCUGAUGACACCAUAAAGAAAUGUGCAUUUGUGGUUGGGCUCACCAAGAAAAUGGAAGAAAAGCACCAUACUAAAUGGCUUGUCAAGAAAAAGAAGCUUUUGCAGAGGAAUGAACCAAACUUAAAUCCACGGGCUGCUAUUGGGCCUGUUGUAUCCAGAAGGAAGGCUAUGCAGGCAACUACGACGAGGCUAAUCAACAGAAUCUGGGGGGGGUACUACUCAAAUUACUUGCCUGAGGAAUCAAAUGAAGGGAUCCAUUGUGAAAAAGAGGUUGAUGAAAUUGAAGAGCUAGAGGAAAAUGAAGAAGAUGAUGCUCUGGAGGAGAAAUUGGUAGUACCGGAUAAGACUCAGACACCUAGCUCAAGAACAAGGCAAAAUAAAUCAAGUUCAGGUAGCAAGGAAGUAAAGUGGGAUGGGGAAUCUGUUGGCAAACUACCUACUGGUGAGGUUUUAUAUAAAAGGGCCAUAGUCCAUGGAGAUGAAAUUGCAGUCAGGGGAGCUGUUCUUUUGCAAGAUGAUGAGGAUGAUUUUCCAGCCAUCUAUCUCAUAGAGUACAUGUUUGAAAAGAUAGAUGGAAGUAAAAUGUUUCAUGGGAGAAUGAUGCAACGAGGCUGCCAAACUGUGCUUGGAAACACGGCAAAUGAAAGGGAGAUAUUUUUAACAAAUGAAUGCAUGGACUUCCAACUGGAAGAAGUCAUGCAAAGUGUACAUGUUGAUAUAAGAUCAAUGCCUUGGGGUCAUCAGCACAGAAAAGAAAAUGCAGUAGCUGAUAAAAUUGAUAGAGCAAGAGCAGAGGAAAGAAAGAAGAAGGGAUUGCCUACUGAAUAUUACUGCAAAAGUCUGUAUUGGCCUGAGAAAGGAGCCUUCUUUGCUCUUUCAUAUGGAUCCAUGGGGCUUGGAUCAGGAGCUUGUCAUGCAUGCAAAUUAAAGGGAGCUGACAGUGACAGGGAAAAGUUUAAAUUGGAUGCAUCAUUGGCCUGUUUUAUGUACCAUGGAACAAAAUAUUCUAUUCAUGACUAUGUGUAUGUGAGUCCUUACUACUUUUCAUCAGAAAGGGAAGCUGAAAUUUUCAAGGGUGGGAGGAAUGUGGGAUUAAAAGCAUAUGCUAUAUGCCAGCUGCUUGAAAUUUGUGAUAAUAAACAGAGUAAACACAUAGAUGCCAGUUCAGUUCGGGUCAAAGUGAGAAGAUUUUUCAGGCCAGAAGAUAUAUCAUCAGAGAAGGCCUACUCUUCAGAUAUUCGAGAGGUCUACUAUAGUGAGGAAAUGCAUACUGUGCCAGUUGAUGUAAUUGAGGGAAGAUGUGAGAUCAGGAAAAAGAGUGAUCUGGGGCCUCAAGGUGUCCCUUUAAUCUCUGACCAUGUUUUCUUCUGUGAAUAUCUGUAUGAUCCUUCAAAAGGAUCCAUUAAGCAGUUGCCAUCUCAUAUUAAAUUAAGGUACUCAACUAGGCAGCUGAAUGAUGAUUCUACAUCUAGGAAGAAGGGGAAAUGCAAAGAAGGAGAAAUUGAUUCAGAGUCUGCAAAAAUGAAAGAAGCAUCUGAGGGGAACCGAUUGUCUACUUUGGAUAUAUUUGCUGGCUGUGGUGGCUUGUCUGAGGGAUUAGAGCAAUCAGGUGUGUCCUUCGCGAAAUGGGCUAUUGAGUAUGAAGAGGCUGCUGGAGAUGCAUUCAAGCUUAAUCACCCAGGGUCUUUGGUAUUUGUGAAUAACUGCAAUGUCAUUCUGAGGGCGGUCAUGCAGAAGUGUGGGGAUGCGGAUGAUUGCAUUUCAACUGCUGAGGCAGCUGAGCUGGCUGCAUCACUUGACCAGACAGAACUUGAUAAUCUUCCAUUGCCUGGGCAAGUUGAUUUUAUUAAUGGAGGGCCUCCUUGCCAGGGUUUUUCUGGAAUGAAUAGAUUCAACCAAAGCACCUGGAGUAAAGUUCAAUGUGAGAUGAUUUUGGCGUUUUUGUCCUUUGCUGACUACUAUCGUCCCAAGUUUUUCCUUCUUGAGAAUGUGCGGAACUUUGUAUCAUUCAACCAAGGGCAGACGUUUCGCUUAACUUUGGCUUCACUUCUUGAAAUGGGAUAUCAGGUGAGAUUUGGUAUCCUUGAAGCGGGUGCAUAUGGAGUUCCUCAGUCAAGGAAGAGAGCAUUCAUAUGGGCGGCCUCUCCUGAAGAGCUGCUUCCUGAGUGGCCAGAGCCAAUGCAUGUUUUUGCGGCACCAGAGUUGAAAAUCUCAUUGUCAAAAAGUUUGCAAUAUAGUGCUGCCAGGAGCACUACAAGAGGAGCUCCAUUUCGUUCUCUUACAGUCAGAGAUACGAUUGGAGAUCUUCCACCUGUGGGCAAUGGUGCAUCUAACACAAGCUUAGAGUAUCAAGUUGAGCCUAUUUCGUGGUUCCAGAAGAAAAUCAGAGGUAGCAUGGACAGGUUAAAUGAUCACAUAUCAAAAGAAAUGAACGAGCUCAAUCUAAUCAGGUGUCAGAGAAUUCCCAAGCGUCCUGGUGCUGAUUGGCGUGAUCUUCCAGAUGAGAAGGUCAAAUUAUCUACUGGCCAAGUGGCUGAUCUGAUACCAUGGUGCUUACCAAAUACUGCGAAGAGGCACAAUCAGUGGAAGGGACUUUUUGGGAGGUUGGAUUGGGAGGGAAAUUUUCCAACUUCCAUAACAGAUCCCCAACCGAUGGGUAAAGUGGGAAUGUGCUUUCAUCCAGAGCAAGACAGGAUUGUGACUGUACGUGAAUGUGCACGUUCUCAGGGAUUCCCUGACAGCUACAAGUUUUCUGGUACUGUUCUUCACAAGCACAGACAGAUCGGAAAUGCAGUUCCUCCUCCUCUAGCAUAUGCGCUAGGAAGAAAACUAAAGGAAGCAAUUGAGAGUAAAGGUCUCAGUAGCUAAAAUCAUAUGGGUGCUGCAGUUAAAGAAUUAACGUUGUUGAGCUGAUGCUCAGAUUUAUCCAUUCCUUGGAAUGCUCUUUUGUAUAUGCAAUUCCUUUCGUUAGCAUUAAAAUUGGGAAAUUGUAUAGAUCAACUCAACAUUCUGUAAACGGUUCCCAUUUGAGUUAGCUGGGAAUCGUUCAUGCCUGUUUGUACUAGUUUCAGGGGAAAUAGACGUUUCCCCAAAAUCAAAGAGAUCUACCUGUACUUUGAGUAAAACUUCAUGGGAAAUUUUGUAAUUAUUUCUUGAAGUUUCAGGGCAGGAAAACUGUGGUUUGGAGGAAAUAGAAUGGGAUUCUUAAUUCA